CGCCUGUCUUCAAAUACUUCUUCAUUCCUCUGGCAGUCGGAAUUCCACCGUUUUGUUGUGUUUAUACAGCGCUUAUCCCGAACUUUUCGGAAUUAAGGCUUGGAUAUUAAGGAGGCUAGUAACGUGAGAUAGCUCUUCAGCGAACCUCUGAGCUUCUAUCCUCAAAAGUUCGUGGAAAUGGAUCCGUCUAAGGUUCGCCCGAGCUCGGCCUACAACUCGCCAUACUGGACGACAAACAGCGGAGCGCCCGUAUGGAACAACAACAACUCGAUGACCGUGGGGCCUCGGGGACCCAUCCUGCUGGAGGACUACCACCUCAUCGAGAAGCUGGCCCAGUUUGACCGGGAGCGCAUCCCAGAGCGCGUCGUACACGCCCGGGGCGCUGCGGCUAAGGGCUUCUUCGAGGUGACCCACAAUGUGUCUCACCUGACCGCGGCAGACUUCCUGCGCGCGCCCGGCGUCCAGACGCCCGUCAUCGUGCGCUUCUCCACUGUGGUGCACGAACGGGGUUCACCGGAGACGCUGCGUGAUCCCCGCGGUUUUGCGGUCAAGUUUUAUACCCGCGAGGGGAACUACGACAUGGUCGGAAACAACAUGCCGGUGUUCUUUAUUCGCGACGGCAUGAAGUUCCCCGACAUGGUCCACGCCUUCAAGCCUAACCCCAAGUCUCACAUCCAGGAGGCCUGGCGCAUCAUGGACUUCCUGUCUCACCACCCCGAGUCGGCCCACAUGGCAAGUUUUGGACGGCUGACAUUCCUGCUGGACGACGCUGGCAUUCCGCUCAACUACCGCCACAUGCCCGGGUUCGGUGUCCACACAUUCAAGCUCAUCAACAGGGCGGGCAAGGAGACGUACGUCAAGUUUCACUGGAUUCCCAAGUGCGGCGAGAAGUACCUGCUGGACGACGAGGCAGUGCUGGUGGGCGGGGCUAACCACAGCCACGCCACCAAGGAUCUCUACGACGCUAUCGCGGCAGGUGACUACCCGGAGUGGACUUUGAUGAUUCAGACGAUGGAUCCUGCCGACGAGGACAAGUUUGAUUUUGACCCGCUUGAUGUGACGAAGACGUGGCCCGAGUCCCUGUUUCCAUUGCAGCCUGUUGGCCGCAUGGUCCUCAACCGCAACGUGGAUAACUUUUUCAACGACAACGAGCAGGUGGCCUUUUGCCCCGCCAUCAUUGUGCCAGGCAUUGGCUACACGGAUGACAAGCUGCUGCAGACGCGCAUCUUCUCGUACGCGGACACUCAGCGGCACCGCCUCGGCCCCAACUACCUGCUGCUGCCGGUGAAUGCGCCGCGAUGCCCCCACCAUAACAACCACCAUGAGGGCUUCAUGAAUAUCAUGCACCGGGACGAGGAGAUCAACUAUUUCCCGUCAAGGUUCGACCCUGUUCGCAACGCCGAGCGCGUGGCUGCCGUGUCGACUGCGCCGCUGUCUGGACGCCGCGAGAAGGUGGUUAUUGCCAAGGAGAACAACUUCGCGCAGGCUGGUGCCCGAUGGCGGUCAUUCGACCCUGCUCGUCAGGAGCGCCUUGUGGUGCGGGUGGCAGAUAUGCUGGCCGAUCCACGCUGCACGCAGGAGAUUCGGCGCAUCUGGGUGGGCUACUGGUCCCAGGCGGAUCCGCAGCUGGGCUCCCGUAUUGCUGCCAAGCUGCAGGGGCGCGGCUGCCUGUGAGAUGCUAUGAGCUCUCGGUUCCUCGGGAUAACGGGCACGGCGACGCAGGCACCGAACGGUGUUGGCCAAUCGCUUUUGUGAUGUCAACUGUCACGUCAUUGGCUGGUUUGUCGGUGGCUGUGAUGUGCUUUGUAGUUACUGGUAUUGUUGUGGUGCAAAGGGGCUCCGGCUUCGUCAACAUUGACGGGUCUUUUGACACAGCGCAGUGCAAGGCGCCAUAGCGCAACGCCGUUGCAUGCCGCCUCUCAUGCAUCUCUUCAGUGCGGAUGGGACAAAGUGAUACGGCGUCUGUCAGCUUGCGGGACAUAUAAGCUACUCGCCGCUUGGCCCGAGGCGACGUUCAUGGCGCUCGUUGCCUAAAAGGUCCUAGUUUUGGGUAUCCGCAAUGUACUAAGAUGCGAGGUUGCGGAUGGUUCUGUCCAUUGCAUGCCGUGUUGAGCUUGCAGGGCAAGGCAAUAACGUGUUGCCAUUUCAUCGCUGAAUUAGGCUUGAAUUAAUUUUGGCGCUUACGGCAUAAUCGCGCGUGCGCCUCUUGUGGGUGAACCGACUGUGUCCCGUUUGUGGAGUGUGCAUCCGGGGUACCCAGCGGCAUUAAUUCUUGUUCGCAUUCUUUUUUUAGUCGGAUAGCGGCAUCCUCUGUAAUUUAAGCACACCGGUAUG